AAAUGGAAGCAAGGACUGGCACUAAAUCUUUGCCUAAGAGUAGCAACAAGUAUUCUAUUGACAUGAUACUCGGGCGAAUAAUGACCAACAAAUGUGAAAACAGCCAACCAGAAAACAUCAGCAAAGACAGCUUAGUUGAUAAAGACAAAGAUCUACACGAAAAUGGCCAGAAAUGUGAUAAAUUCGUCCAAGAAAAUGACAGCUACAGUGAGCACAAAAGGAUGCCAAAAGAGGAACGAGGGGAUGGAAAUUUAUCUGACGUCUCGGAGGAAGAUGCUUUCUCGCUUCAUAGACACUACCCAACAGUUGAAUCGAUGGUGCCAAAAGAAGACCCAGCAGAAAACGAUCACGUCACAUCGACGUCAAUGGAGACAUAUUCCAGCCGCGGUGAUUUUGACGUAGAUGACGGACAAAUGCCUGUCAGCCCUACCGGAAGUUCGUCAUUUUCAAAUGGUUCAGACGAGAGUUUCAUGAAGAAGCGUCGAUUCCGGACGACGUUCACGGCUGAGCAGCUCAAGUGCUUGGAGGACGUGUUCCGGGUAACGCACUACCCGGAUGUUAACGCACGGGAGGAGCUCUCACAGAAAACGAACCUCCCGGAAGCACGCGUACAGAUCUGGUUCCAGAACAGGCGCGCAAAAUGGCGGAAGUAUGAGAAGCUGGGAAACUUCGGUGGCCUUCAGGACCUCAAGGAUGUAACAUUCGUACCCGCACCGAAACAGGUACAAUGUACCCGGUCGCGUGCUGACGGCGAGGAUAUUUCGGAAAAUGCGCUGACGGACGCACGGCUAAAGCUUGGCCUCGGGGUGCCGCCCUACCCUCACCUGCUUUCCCUCCCCUUCUACGGCCUCCCAGGACUGCCCCUCGGAUACUAUGGCUAUCGACCACCAGAAGCGCACAGGAGCGGAAGUAUUGCCUCGCUUCGACUGAAAGCGCGAGAAUAUGAGGCCGCGCUUGAGAUGCACAAGAUAUUUAAGACAUGAGAUGAAAUGUCACUGAUUUUUGUUAAAAUUGAUUUAUUGUUAUUCUGUGGCUAAUCACAUCUGUAUAAAUUAUACUAUUUAUGAAUAUGUUCCCUACCGGUGUUGAAUUGACGGAUCGAGUCAAAGAUGAAUAGCAAACUUUUCUUCAAGCAUAUUGUUGUUAUAUAAUAUUACAACGAAUAACGGUCUGUCCAAAGUAUAUGUAUUACUAGUAUUCGGUUAACAGUUGGCCAACAAAUUGCCAAAUAGUAGCUCUUACUGAGGGAACUCCUCAAUUGCAUGUUGAAAAUGUGCUAAACAUAAUUAUUUACGUGUAUUAACUAUCGGUGUUUUUUCCGAUUCUUGUUUCAAAGACGGAGGUUAUUAUAAAAUUUAUUUUUUGUAAUAAAA